ACCUCAAAUUGCACGUAGGGUUCUGUCUUCAAAGACAGCUUACACUUUCAGCAAGCCUCGCUUGUGUGGUUGCGGUUAGCUGCCGGAAGGCACCGAACGUCAGGCGAAAGGGCGUCCGUGUGAUUGUUUUAUAGAUCUUCUCAUCACCGCGCCCCCCCCCGGCCUGCCUGAAAAAGAUGGUUGCCUCCACGGCGCGCGCCCUGCUCCCGCGGUUCGGCGACUGUCUUGGUGGUGGGGGAGGGGGAAGGGAGACCCCAGGCCUUAUAGUAUAGAAACUGAGGAGGCUGCUGCUGCUGCUAUUUCUCCUUUCCCAGCCACUCAGCUGGGUGGGACCAUGGCGAACGAAGAGGAAGAGGGGGAGCUGAAGGUUCCCGAGGAGAUGUUCAAAGAUGUCAAGUUCUUCGCGGUGGGAGACAUAGACCCCAAGGUUAUCCAGCUUCUGAAGGAUGGGAAGGCAAAGGAGGUUUCCUACAAUGCUCUGGCAUCACACAUAAUAUCAGAAGAUGGAGACAAUCCAGAAGUUGGUGAAUCUCGUGAAGUCUUUGAUCUUCCAGUAGUAAAGCCUUCCUGGGUGACUUUGUCGGUUCGAUGUGGAGUUCUUCUGCCAGUAAAUGGCUUCUCCCCAGAAUCCUGCCAGAUCUUCUUUGGAGUUGCUGCUUGUUUGUCACAGGUUUCCUCUGAAGACCGAAGUGUGCUGUGGGCUUUGAUUACUUUUUAUGGUGGGGAUUGCAGGCUGAGCCUCAAUAAAAAAUGUACUCAUUUGAUUGUGCCUGAACCAAAAGGGGAAAAAUAUGAAUGUGCAUGUAAACGAGAGAAUAUUAAAAUAGUGACACCUGACUGGGUUUUAGAUUCUAUAUCUGAUAAAACCAAAAAAGAUGAGGCUUCCUAUCAUCCUCGAUUAAUUAUAUAUGAGGAGGAGGAGGAGGAGGAAGAGGAAAAUGAAGAACAGGAUUCUCAAAAUGAAGGUUCCACAGAUGAAAAGUUGUCAAGUCCACCUUCUUCUCGAGAAGGGUCCCCUUUGGGGGAUCAAGCUUUUUCACCUAAAUCUAUUGAUGCUGAUAAAACAAAAGGAGAAGUGAUGUUUGAUGAUUCAUCAGACUCCUCUCCUGAAAAGCAUGAAAGAAAUUUGAACUGGACACCUGCUGAAAUUCCACAGACUGCUACAGCUAAGUGCAGAUUGCCAUCAGGCAAGGAUUCUGGAUUGAUUAAUUUGUGUGCCAAUGUCCCACCUGUCCCAGGCAAUAUUUUGUCCUCUGAUAUCAGAAGUAAUAUAAUGGCUUCCGUACAAAGUCCUCAAAGUUCUGGACGUCCUGAAAUGAUGGCUGCAUGGAGUCCUGCAGUACGGACAUUAAGAAAUAUUACUAAUAGUGCUGAUAUUCAGCAGGUUAAUAGGCCGUCAAAUGUAGCACAUAUCCUGCAGUCACUUUCAGCUCCCACAAAAACUUUGGAGCAACAGGUAAACCAUAGCCAACAGGGACAUUCAAAUGCUGUUCUACUUAGCCAAGUUAAACUGACUCCAGAAACGCAUUUACUACAACAGCAGCAGCAUUCACAACAGCAGCAGCAUCCGUCGCAGCAGCAGCAGCAGCAGCACCUCCCUCUCUUACAUCUUCCACCCCAACAAAUUGUGCCGUUGCAUCAACAACAGCAGCCUCCACAGCAGCCUCAGAUUACUCAACAGUCUUUCUCACAGCAGCCUCAUCAGUUUGUGCAACAACAGCAAGUUCAUCAACACCAAUUUUCACAGCAGCAAUUACAGUUUCCUCCCCAACAGUUACAUUCCCAGCAGCAAGUUCAUCGCCCUCAACAACAGUUGCAAUUUCAGCAGCAGCAUGCCUUGCAACAGCAAUUGCAUCAACUACAGCAGCAGCAGUUACAGCAACAGCAAUUGCAACUACAGCAGCAAAACCUUCAACAACAGUUACAUCAACAACAACUGCAGCAGCAACAUUUGCAACGAAUGCAGCAGCAGCAGCAACAAAUGCAAAAUCAAGCAUCUCAACACUUGACUCAGACCUCUCAGGCACUACAGCCUCAGGUUUCAGUUCAGCCAUCACAACAUCCCCAGCAGCAGCAACUGCAGCAGCAGCAGCUGUUUGGACAUGAUCCAGCCACAGAAAUUCCAGAAGACUAUUUUCUAUUGGGUUGUGUCUUUGCAAUUGCUGAUUAUCCUGAACAGAUGCCUGAUAAACAGCUAUUGGCAACAUGGAAAAGGAUAAUCCAAACAUAUGGUGGUACAGUAGAUCCCACGUUCACAAACCGAUGUACACAUCUCCUCUGUGAGAGUCAACUUAGUAAUAUGUAUGCUCAGGCUUUGAGAGAAAGGAAAAGAUGUAUUACAGCACACUGGCUGAACUCUGUGCUAAAAAAGAAAAAAAUGGUACCACCUCACCGAGCACUUCAUUUUCCAGUCGCAUUUCCACCAGGAGGGAAACCAUGUUCUCAGCAUAUAAUCUCGGUGACAGGUUUUGUUGAUAGUGACAGAGAUGAUCUCAAACUCAUGGCGUUCCUCGCAGGGGCAAAGUACACAGGCUAUCUUUGUCGCAGCAACACAGUUCUCAUCUGUAAAGAGCCAACUGGCUUAAAGUAUGAGAAAGCCAAAGAGUGGAGGAUACCAUGCGUGAAUGCACAAUGGCUCUGUGAUAUAUUACUUGGAAAUUUUGAAGCAUUGCGACAGAUACAGCACAAUCGAUACACAGUAUUCAAUCUUCAAGAACCUCUUGCUCCUAAUCAACAUCUAGUUCUAAACCUUCUUGAUGCUUGGAGAGUGCCACUAAAGGUAUCAUCAGAACUUCUCAUGGGUGUGAGAUUACCACUAAAACCAAAGCAAAAUGAAUCAAUAAUUCAACCUUCAACCAAGCGGCCAAGAAUUGAAGACUUGCCAACGCCUAUUAAAAAGCUAACACCAGAAUUGACACCAGUAGUGCUUUUCACAGGAUUUGAGCCUUCACAAGUGCAUCAGUACAUCAAGAAACUCUACGUUCUUGGGGGUGAAGUAGCAGAAUCAGCCCAGAAAUGCACUCACCUAAUAGCAAGUAAAGUGACACGUACUGUAAAAUUCCUUACAGCAAUUUCAGUUGUAAAGCAUAUAGUAACCCCAGAAUGGUUAGAAGAGUGUUUCAAGGGCCAGAAGUUUAUAGAAGAACAAAGCUACAUACUCAGGGAUGCAGAAGCUGAAGUUCUUUUCUGUUUCAGUUUAGAAGAAUCUCUAAAGAGAGCACAGGUGGCACCACUCUUCAAGGGAAAGUACUUCUAUAUUACACCUGGAAUUUGCCCUAGCCUUUCUACCAUAAAAUCUAUUGUGGAAUGUGCAGGAGGAAAGGUAUUGACUAAACAGCCUUCCUUCCGAAAACUCAUGGAACACAAGCAAAACAAGAGCUUAUCAGAGAUUAUCCUGAUUUCUUGCGAAAAUGAUCUUCACUUAUGUCGGGAAUACUUUGCCAGAGGCAUAGAUGUCCACAAUGCAGAGUUUGUUUUGACUGGCGUUCUUACCCAGACACUGGAUUAUGAAUCAUAUAAAUUCACUUGACUGGAAGUAAAAUGCCUUAUUGCUUUAAAAUCCCUGAAGCCUUCCUUCAAGCUUUUUCAGCCUAUGGAUGAAUUGGCACUUCUGGAGUUCUUGUUUUCUACUUGUUUUGCUGAAGGCUAAUAAGCAGUUCAAG